AUGGAUCCUAAUCGCCCAGAUAUUGCCCAAAAAGCAAGCGAGCAGGCCCUGAACUCUGACUCUGAAUCUGAUCAAGGACCUGGCUCUGGGGACGACGAGAUGCUAGAUGCUGAAACCUCCAACACGGCAACUGCCCAGUCUCCUCUUAAUCAUGGUCAGUCAGUGCCGUCGACUACUCGUCCUGCCAACCAGCAACCUACUUUGCUAGAAGUACUUGCCUCAGCACCUGAUCCGAAAGCGACAGCUACCCACAGAGACUCCGUGAUCGAAGACGAAGUCAUUAGACCUUUUGGCUUUGCGGCAGCAGACAGGCGCACCUCUCAACCAUCUGCAGUCCACACAGCACCGAAUGGUGUACGAUCUAACAUAAACGGAACAAAUAGAACGCCAUCCAUCUCAACCGCAUUGUCCAACGUGUCAUUGCAGCCACCAAAUCAGUUGCCAAACAGUCUCUCCCAGGAGCAUGACUCAGCAACAUCUCCUGGUCUACGGCAAUUAACCAUUCCGCAACGAGGGGGACUUUCCGCAGAUACCCUACCAGCAUUACAGGCGCCAUCUCCUGCGCGUGAUGCAGCAGCAGGCUCGCCCAGUCAGCAACUACCCUCAUUCCGACAUAUGGACGAUAUAGCGAGGUCUGCAACGAGUGAUCACGAAGCAACCAGAUCCAACAGCAUCAGCUUCCCACAUAGACAAUCCGUAUCUUCAGUAGGACAAUCGCCAACAUCGAUAGUGCGUGCUCUGUCCAUUAGCUCUCACUCUCCGACAACGCCAUUUCCCCCACUAAGUGCCUCUUCGCCCAUGAGUGCUCAUGAGAUACCACACCGAGGUGAUCUGUUUCUACGCACCUCAGGGGGAGGUGCAUUUGGCACAGAUGCUCGGAGACCAUCACAUGCAGCAUCAGACAACAGUCCUUACACAGCCACAUUGCACUCCACAUCCACCAGUGACAGUUAUCAGAGCUCGGAUGGCCUCAGUCCUGGUACACAGCCAACGCCCAUCGAACCAAGGCAAAGGCAUAUGAGUUUAGAUGGUGCGCUCGCGUCGAGAGUGCUUCCACCUCCAUUGAACUCUGGGUUACAGCAGCAAUCAACCCCACAUAUCGUUGGAUGUUUCAAGUGCGACUAUCCAGGCUGCACUGCUGCACCUUUCCAGACGCAAUAUCUUCUCAACUCGCACACCAACGUGCAUUCGUCAAAUAGACCACAUUACUGUCCAGUCAAAGACUGUCCACGAGGCGAAGGUGGCAAAGGUUUCAAACGCAAGAAUGAAAUGAUACGACAUGGGCUUGUGCAUCAGUCACCUGGAUACGUAUGCCCGUUUUGUCCAGACCGCGAGCACAAGUAUCCGAGGCCAGACAACCUGCAAAGACACGUACGUGUUCAUCACACUGAUAAGGACAAAGAUGACCCUCAACUCCGAGACGUCCUUGCUCAGCGACCCGAAGGUGGUAGCCGUGGGCGGAGAAGACGUGUAAGCGACUCUGGCCAUUGA